AAUAUAUAUCUAGAUGAACUUUUCUACACGUCUAUUAAUUUUACACCUUGAAAUGAAUACUGGCGAUAACAAUGAAUGAUAGACCCCCCUGAUAUCAUAGUUCACUCCAUUCUGCUCUUUGUUCACUAAACAUGGCGGUCUGCAGCGGAGUGUGCUGGGGGCAGUCAUUAAAAAUAUCUUUGAAUCCAAGCCACUCGCCUCUUCAUGCGUCCACCAUCAAUGUAAACAAGCAUUCAAUCCCACCUCUUUGUUCAGUUGGUACUUCUUAUUCUCCAGUUUUUCAUUCUGAUUCGAGGCAGGGAUUUCGGAGUGGCAAAUCAAUUGUUCCCCCUCUAAGUCUUUCAAGACGAGCGUUAUCUGAAUCAAUGGAAUCGGGAAGCAUAUCAACUGGGCCAUCAUGGAUUCCCAAACUGGAGGACUUGGAUACCACCAAUAUGUUUCUCAAGCAAAGAAUUGUCUUCUUGGGCACGCAGGUAGAUGAUAACAGUGCGGAUUUUGUUAUCAACCAACUUUUGCUUUUGGAUGCAGAAGACUCAACAAAAGAUAUAAAAUUGUUUAUCAAUUCUCCAGGAGGUUCAGUGACUGCAGGAAUGGGAAUAUAUGAUGCUAUGAAAUUAUGCAAGGCAGAUGUAUCAACUACAUGCUUUGGCCUUGCUGCAUCAAUGGGAGCAUUCCUACUUGCUUCUGGAACCAAGGGAAAGAGAUUUUGCAUGCCCAAUUGUAAAGUGAUGGUUCAUCAACCAUAUGGUGGUCUGUCAAAUGACAAUUCGUUGCUUAACAGAUUAAUUCGGGAAAGGGAACUGAAUUACCACCGGGUCAAAUUCAACAAAAUUUAUUCCCGUAUCACUGGCAAAUCAGAAGAGCAGAUUCAAAAGGAUACAAUUGCAGAUUAUUAUAUGAAUGCAUGGGAGGCACUUGAUUAUGGCAUUGUUGAUGCUGUUAUUGAUGAUGGUAAAGUUGGUCUGGUUGCACCAAUUGGAGAAAAGAAAAAACCACCUGUUUUGAUGGUGAAUAUCUAUUCAACAUUAUAUAAUGUUGAGUUUGACGAGUAUAAGAAAAAUAUGAUGCCCUCAGAAGAAAAGAUAAUAAAGAAAAAAUUGAGAGGCACUGGAGGAAGCGGUAGUGAAAAAGAUUCUAGAGAAGAAAAGGAUGCUAAGCAAGCGACAGCAGCAGCCGUUUAAGCCUGCUAAGCUAUUGAAUGUUCUCUAAACCAGUGACAUUCCUACCUGAACUUUCAGCCUUAUUUCCUGACAAAUCUCUGAACAUUAUAAAUGCUUCUAUAAGAUUUUAAAGUCUAAAAUGCAACAUUUAUUCUAUUACUAUCUUAUUUGUCCUUGUGAAGAAUAUCCAAUUGUCUAAUCAGAAUAAGUAGUGCCUUAUUUCCUAUUGGCAGUUGAUAGAAAUGCAAGCUUUUGAGCAUUCUCCCAGUGUUCAUUACCUUUUUUAUGCCAUGAGCUGUCAAUGAUUGGAAGGAAUGUGAAGAACAAUUAUUGGUAUCGAGACACUCUAUAAAUUAUUCACUCUCUUGAGAAGCCUCAGUUUUUUAAUUUGCAAUGACCUAGCAAGCAUGCUUAUCAAAUUUGAAAAGGACAAAUUACUAUCUGA